AUGGACACUGAUGAUCUGUUCAAUUCGUUGGAUGAAACGCCCGACGAACACGCGGCAAGGAGCUCGUCAACAAAGCGGGAUCGACCACACGGCAACGAUGAUGAAGAGAAACCCGAGAAGCUCUCUCGAAUUGCUGAUAAGACAAAGAACAGCGGCGAUCAAUCGUUAGCUUCGUUGGACGAUGGACCAAAACCCACCCCCAAUGAGCAACUCACAGAUCUUCUACAAGAUGGCCUCGAUGAAAGACAUUUGAAUGCCUCAGCAAAGGUGGAUCUGGACGAGCUCUUCGACUCGUUAGACCAGACGCCCGAUGAGCAUGCGACAAGGAAUCCAAUGCAAAAUCUGGAAUCACAAAAAUUCGGUGUGACGAGGAAUUACGCCGAUGAACUGCUGGCUUCGUUGGAUGAUGGGCCACAAGUCGUGCCCGAUGACCAAAACCUAAACCUUUUGCAAAAUGACAUCUACGAUGAGAGGUCCACCAAUCACCAAUCCUAUCAGCAAUCGAUUCAAGUUCACCUCAUUGAAACGCAAAACGAAAAUUGCUUCCAUGAAGUAGCUGUGCCACCAAAUAUUCGGUACGAGCCAUUGCGGAUGAUGAACGUCGAACCAGCAAAAACGUAUCCGUUUCAAUUAGACGCCUUUCAAAAAGAGGCCAUUCAAUGCAUCGAGAAUAAUCAAUCGGUGCUUGUCUCGGCUCACACAUCAGCAGGAAAGACGGUCGUCGCUUUGUAUGCAAUAGCACAAAGUCUUCGUGAGAAACAAAGAGUCAUCUACACGUCUCCAAUCAAAGCCUUAUCGAAUCAAAAGUUUCGAGAGCUUGAAGAAGAGUUUAAAGAUGUCGGAUUGAUGACAGGAGAUGUGACGUUGAAUCCGGAUGCUUCUUGCUUGGUGAUGACAACAGAAAUUCUACGAUCUAUGCUUUACAAAGGAUCCGAGGUGGCUCGUGAAGUUGGUUGGGUUGUGUUCGACGAGAUUCACUACAUGAGGGAUAAAGAACGCGGUGUCGUUUGGGAAGAGGCGAUCAUCAUGCUGCAACACAAUAUCAACUGCGUUUUUCUCUCGGCCACCAUUCCAAAUGCUCGACAAUUCGCUGAAUGGAUUGCGUUUUUGAAGCACAAACCGGUGCACGUCGUGUACACAGACUAUCGGCCGACUCCGUUAAUGCAUUUAAUCUACCCAGCUGGUGGCGAGGGACUUUACGAAGUGGUGAACACAAAGGGAGAAUUCCGUGAAGAUCGUUUCCAAGCGGCCAUGGCUUGCAUUGAAUCGACGGGAGACAAGGGAAAGCCAGAAAGAGGCAAGAAAGGAGGAGUAAAAGCUGGAGCCGAGUCGAAUGUGAACAAAAUUGUGCGUUCGCUGAGGGAGCGGGACCUCGUGCCGUGCAUCGUUUUUUCCUUUUCGCGCAAAGAAUGUGAAGCCUACGCUUUAGCUCUGAAAGAUAUGGAUUUCAACGACGCGACUGAAAAGCAUGCUAUCAAUGAGAUUUACAAGAACGCUCGCGAUCUGCUAUCAGAUGAAGAUAAGAAGCUACCACAAAUCGGACAAAUGCUCCCUCUACUCUUGAGGGGAAUCGGUGUCCAUCACUCGGGUCUGCUGCCGCUCAUUAAGGAGAUUGUCGAAAUUCUCUUCGGUGAAGGACUUUUGAAGGUGCUCUUUGCGACAGAAACAUUCUCGAUGGGGCUUAACAUGCCGGCGAGAACCGUUGUCUUCACAUCAGGCCGGAAAUUUGAUGGAAAAGAUUUUCGAUGGCUCACUUCUGGAGAGUAUAUUCAAAUGUCGGGACGAGCUGGCCGACGUGGCUUGGAUAAACAAGGUCACGUGAUUAUGAUGAUUGAUCAACAAAUGACUACUGAAAGUGCUCGACAAAUUAUCAAGGGAGCGACCGAUCCACUGAAUUCUCAAUUUCGGCUGACUUAUAACAUGGUGUUGAAUUUGUUGCGCGUUGAGGGAGUGAACCCGGAGUUCAUGCUCGAACGAAGCUUCUAUCAAUUCCAGAAUAACGCCAACAUUCCAAUUUUGCUACAAAAGUUUGAAACCGCCACAAGAGAGCUCGAGGGCAUGCACGUCGAAAAGGAGAGCUUGAUCGGCGGCUUUUUCGAAUUGGAGAAUUCAAUAAACAAGCUGAAGGAAGAAUGCAGGGCAACGGUGAUGCAAGCAAAGCAUAUUGUUCCUUAUCUACACGCUGGACGGUUAAUGCAUAUAAAAGCUCGAGGGCACGAUUUUGGUUGGGGCCCCAUGAUCAAUUUUCAUCGAAAGAUCAACCCUGAGGACAAGAGUCAAAUGAUUUUUGUGAUUGAGGUUUUCUUGUGCAUCUCCCCAGAGUCGCUCACCUACAUCGACAAUGUUUCCAUGUUGCGACCACCAACUCCAGGCGAAAAGGGUUGUUGGGAAGUCCUGCCGAUGACCAUUGACUGCAUCCACAAUAUGUCAGCUGUGCGGGUGCAACUGCCAAAGGAAUUGAAGCACGAAUUGGAAAAGACGACUGUGGAAAAGAUUGUCAGGGAAUGCGAGAAAAGAUUCUGCGGAGAGUUGCCCAAUUUGGAUCCGAUUCGUGACAUGAAAAUUGACGAUCCGAAAUUGAAGUCAAAUCUCGAGAAGCUGAAGACUUUGGAUAGCCGUUAUGAUUCGCACGAGUUGAGAUGUCGAAAGGAUUUUGAUGAGCUUUGUGCACAAUGGAAAGCAAAGGACGCGAAAAGAACCGAGGUGAACAAUUGCCGCAAGGAGCUGAAGAAAGCGAAGGAUUUGCUGCAAUCUGAAGAGCUUGGCCAUAGAAAACGUGUGCUACGAAGGCUUCAAUAUUGUGAUCAAGGAGAUAUCGUGCUUGAUAAGGGUCGCGUUGCUUGUGAGAUCUCCGCUUCCGAUGAGCUAUUGUUGACGGAGAUGAUGUUUGCUGGUGUGUUCGCUUCGUUGACCGCCGAAGAAAUUGCCUCACUUCUUUCGUGCUUUGUCUUUCAGGAAAAAGCCCCAGUACCAAAGAUGGCGGAAAACUUGUCGGGAUGCUUGCGCCAGAUCCAGGAACACGCUCGCAGAAUUGCCAAGGUCUCAAAUGAGUGCAAGAUCGAAGUGGACGAGGAUCUGUAUGUGGACUCGUUCAAGCCCGGUUUGAUGGAGGUUGUUCACGAAUGGGCACUCGGGAAAUCAUUCAAGGAUGUGGUGGAGAAAACGGACGUUUUUGAAGGAUCGAUUAUCCGGUGCUUGCGUCGUUUGGAGGAGGCGACUCGUGAGGUGACAGCCGCCGCGCAGAAUAUGGGAAAUCUUGAACUCGCCGAGAAGUUCGCAUUGGCCCGAUCUUUGAUCAAGAGGGAUAUCGUCUUCGCCGCCUCGCUCUACCUA